AUAUUAAAAUCCGGGUGGAUGAUGUAAUUUUUAACAUUACGGUUGAUCGAUCCUGAUAUUAUAACUUUUUCGUGAUGGGUCUUGUGAAGACUAAGCUGUUUUAUCAUGUGAAUGCUUUUAAGGCUCUGAUAAAACAACCUAACACCGCUCCCUAUUUAUUUCAUUCACGCCUUGCAUGUCUUUCUUUUAUGAACUAGACUGCUUGUUCUUUCAUUCAUUCAUUCAUUUCAAAAUAAAACAGAGUCGCACCACAUAUAUCCUUGAAACAAUCCCUUAACUUGGCGAAGCAUGAAGGACCUAUCUUUCUUUCAGUUGAAAAAUGUCAUGGGAGCUAAGAUGCGGAAAGGCUUUAAAAGCUUCUGUAAUAACGAUACCUCUACUUCCACACUCAAUCAUCAAACUGCAGCCUCUGCUCGUCCUGCAGUUUCAUCUCCUAAUAAUUACAUCAUGGACACAAGUGAUCUAAGAUUAAACGAAAGGGGAAGCCAGACAACAUUGGAGGAGAUGUUGCUCCAAUUAGACAUGGAGGAGGAGAUGGCAAAGCUGAACCAAUAUGGGCCGCAUGUCCGACAUAGAAUGUCAUGUGUCAACAGUUCUGACAUUCUACGAACAGCAAGGAACGCAUUAAAUCAGUAUCCCCGAUUCUCUCUUGAUGGCAAGGAUGCUAUGUACCGGUCUUCUUUCCGCGACAUGUCUCCUUUACUAAGCAAAAGUGUUGGUGAAAGAAAAUCAGUAUGCUGCAACCGCAAAAUGGACAUGAAAAGUAGUCAAACUCAAACCAUGCCCCCCACAAUAGCAGGAGAGAGAAUGAUUUGGUGUAAACCAGGAGUAGUAGCAAAGCUGAUGGGACUUGAGGCCAUGCCAAUGUCAAUGUCAAUGCACAGAAAGCAUAGUAAGGAUACAAUCAUGAGUGCAGUUAUCAAAAGGCAAAGCCUGAGGAAAAGAGCAGAAAGGUACGAGAUGGAUAAUAAGAGGUCAAGAGGAAGGGUUGUGGUGGGAACGGGUUGUGGUGGCCGCAACUCUAGAGAGAUGAAUCAGAACUCUUGCUCAAGAAAUGGCUACUGUGUUAUGAAGUCCGUGGCGAUGGACCUCCAAGAUGUAGGCUGGCCAAUGCGGGGCGAGGUUUUGUACAGAAAUAACGAUGCCAUAUAAAAUAAAAAUGUCAGAAAUAUCUACAAGAUCAGGACUAUCCUAUCUGUGUCAAAUUGAUUAAUUGUCUCUUUAUAUUUCUAAAUAAUUGGAUGCAGGAAUAUGAG